UCACUUGUCUGUCAGCCUUUUUCAUCUCACAGUCGCUCUUCGUGUCUCUCCAGCCUCAUGUUCAUUCCACCGGCCAACAGAGUCCCCGUGUAGCUGACACUGAGAGCCCGGUGCCGGGCAGCGGCGGACCAACUGCCAGGAUGCGCUGCCACAAGUUUUGGGAAGCGUGUUCGGUUGGAUUUUAUAUCUGGACAGCCUUCCUCUUCAAAGGGUCCUUGCAAGGAGAGCACCAGAGGAGGCUGUACAAGGAGCUGCUGGCUAACUACAAUCGAUUAGAGCGACCUGUGGUCAAUGACUCAGCUGCCAUCCUGGUGGAGCUCGGCCUCACGCUGCUGCAGAUCAUAGACGUGGAUGAGAAGAACCAAGUGCUGAUGACCAACGCCUGGCUGCAGCUGUACUGGACAGACAUCUACUUGAGCUGGAAUCCAGAAAAAUACCCUGGAGUCCAGAACCUUCGAUUCCCUUCAGACCAGAUCUGGACGCCUGACAUCCUCCUGUACAACAGUGCGGACGAGCGGUUCGAUGCCACAUUCCACACCAACGUACUGGUGAAUGCGUCAGGUUACUGCCAGUACAUCCCCCCAGGUAUCUUGAAGAGCACCUGUUACAUCGACGUGCGUUGGUUCCCCUUCGAUGUGCAGAAAUGUGACUUGAAGUUUGGCUCGUGGACACAUAACGGCUGGCUUCUCGACCUGCAGAUGCUUGAUGUAGACACAUCCACUUACAUAUCCAAUGGGGAGUGGGAUCUUGUAGGUGUGCCAGCCAAGCGUAAUGAACUAUACUACGACUGCUGCAAGGAGCCCUACCCUGAUGUGACAUUUACAGUCACUAUGCGCCGCAGGACUCUAUAUUAUGGACUAAACCUGCUCAUUCCCUGUGUGCUGAUCUCUGGCUUGGCCCUGCUGGUUUUCCUUUUACCUGCAGACUCUGGAGAAAAGAUCUCUCUGGGCAUCACUGUGCUGCUUUCGCUAACUGUCUUCAUGCUUCUGGUAGCAGAGAUCAUGCCUGCCACGUCUGAUUCCGUUCCUCUCAUUGCUCAGUACUUUGCCAGCACCAUGAUGAUUGUGGGAAUGUCUGUAGUGGUGACAGUUAUCGUCCUGCAAUUUCACCAUCAUGACCCUCAUGGGGGCAAGAUGCCUAAGUGGGUUCGGGUGGUCCUGUUGAACUGGUGUGCCUGGUUUCUCCGCAUGAAACAACCCGGUGAUGAGCGCAAGCGGCCUGGUUACAAGUACCGUCACACCACCCAGCACCACUCCAGCACCAGCUCCAUAGAGAUGGGCACAAUACCGAGCCUCACGGUGCCUCUGUCACAGACGUCCUGCCCGCCCUGCCCCACAGGAACCUCCAACGGCUCCAUGAGCCUCUACUUUGGCAAUUACCACCCCAUAGACAACCCACACUGCCCACCUUCCAGCGACUCCGGGGUAGCACUUGGGGGACGCGCCCAUGGUUCCCCCAGUGAAGACGUUGAGCCACCUGGAGGGGUUGGAAGCGGUGUUGGAAGCCUGGGGAUGGGAGUUGGAGGCGGGAUGGGAGUAAGCAUACCCCCACCAGAGAUCCAACGCAUCUUGGAGGAGGUGUCGUACAUAGCGCAGAGGUUCCGGGACCAGGAUGAGGCUGAGGCAAUCUGCAGUGAGUGGAAGUUUGCAGCAGCGGUGGUGGACCGGCUGUGUCUGGUGGCCUUCUCUCUCUUUUCCAUCAUUUGCACCUUCACUAUCCUCAUGUCAGCGCCCAACUUCAUAGAGGCUGUUUCCAAGGACUUCACAUAACUGUUUGCAGCAGGAGGCAGGUAGAAGGUGUAAAACAAUUAGGGAUAAAGAGGAGGUUGUGAGAGAAAGUGGAAGGGAAAGAAAAAAAUGUUGGGGUGUAGUCAUUUGAUAGGGUGGGCUUUUCAGUGUUUCAUGAGAAAAAACGUACUAUCUUCAGAAACUUGGUGCAAAUAGAGAGUAGUAAACAGAUACUGAAUCAAGCUAUAGGUAACUGACCCAAUCAGAAUAUUCAUCGUGACCAAUAACCUACAUCAUUAUAUUACAUCCGCACAUUCCACAUCAAAUAAAGAAAUGCAUAUUCAUUUUCUGGGCUGCACAGUGACUCGGUGGUUAGCACCGUUGCCUUGCAACUAGAAGAUCCCUGGUUUGCAUCCUGGGAUCUUUCUGCGUGGAGUUUGCAUGUUCUCCCUGUGCAUAUGUGGGUUUUCUCUGGGUACUCCAUCUGCCUUCCACAAUCUAAAAACAUGCUGAGGUUAAUUGGUCAUUCUAAAUUGUCCGUAGGCGUGAAUGUGAGUGUGAUUGUUUGGCUCUAUGUGUAGCCUUGUGAUAGACUGGUGACCUGUCCGGGGUGUCCCCUGCCUUCACCUAAGUCAUUUGGGAUAGACUCCAGCUCCCGCGCGCCCCUAAUAAGGAUUAAGCGAUCUAUAGAUAAUGGAUGGAUGGAUAUUCAUUUUGCCACUCUGUUCCUAUGUCAGAAACACAUUAUUCCUGUCUCAAAGAAAACUAAACAACGUAGAUGCUGAAAACACUUGAAGCAAAAUGUUUGGAAACAAUAAGUGAAGUAGAAGAGCGCACUGUAUAUAUUUUUUUUACAUUAAGAUGUUGGUAAGGGGAAGACAAUGAGCUACUAAUUGUCUUUACCCUGCAAACAAUGUAAAUAUCAUUGUUCAGCAUUAUUCAUUAAAAAAACUGCUUUAUUUACUGUACAAUGACACAUACAACACUACAGCACACCUCACUGCAGAACCCCCCAUCAGCUGUUGUUGUCCUGGAUGUACAAAUCCACAUGUAUGUACAAGCUCCACUUCAGUCUGAGCUCACACGUCCACUGUUAACGUUUUGAACUCUUGAUAUGGAACUCACAAACUGUUUAUAAUGAAGCUAGAUCCUCGUAAUGAUGUUAGGCUAUAGUUGCUAAAAUGAGAUGUUUCACUGUGAUUCCUAUUGUUUUUGUUUUCACUUUGAUCAGCAGAGCACUGGUGCUUUGACACAAGUGUAUUUUCUUAUUCACCUGUUAAGGAAUUCCUCUUUUAUUUCACUCCUCAUUCUGUCUUGCCUGUUCAUUUUGAAAUAUAGACUCUGUAAUGUAAUAGGAGCAGCUUGGGACAGUGCAUAGUAAUAUUAAAACAUCCAGUAUAUUGUAUCAGAGAGUGUUGACUGAUAUGUAUGAGUGUUGACCAGUAACACAUGAUGUACAUGAGUACAGUCAAAUAGUGAAUGUCGAACUGUACAGGAUACCUUUUAAUCCAGUGGCCUGACUUGUACAAAUUAUUGAUUUAACCUUUGGAAUCAGGUCAAGUAGUUGCACCAUAUCUGAUAAAAAAGAAAGAAAAAACAACUAGUCUGACUGUUGUAAAGUUGCCAGUAUUCACAUACUUAUAAAGGUGAGCAGGGAUUUGUUCCUGUUGGACUUGAGAAGUGAACUGUGAAGAUGAAGAAUGAUAUUAUUUCUGAACCUCUGACACCACAGAUAAAGGCCGGAGGCUCAUCAGUAAACAGAAAACUUCACAGAACCAUUGGCCAUUAUAUUGUUGGAGAAUAUACUGAAAUGUAUAGAACUGUCCUACUGUCAGGAAGAUUUUUCUGUGUUUUGUAGAGGGAGCCAACAGACUGAAAGUUGUACAUGUAUUUACUUCCACUUCCAGUUACCAGACACAUUUUUGUUGUAACUACACUGGUCUAUUUAUCUCUUGAGUGUGAAUUUUUGACUCUAUGUUAAUAAAAGACUAUUUAUUCUCUGUAUAACAGGCUCUGAUUAAAUCUGUGGGAGGGG